CCCGGCGCCGCGUCAACCUCCACAGUAGUGCACACUCCAUAUAGACCACACAACACAGCAUAUAUAGCUAGCUAGCUCGAUCUAGCUAGCUGCAUCCUCUCCCCAGCAGCGUCGUAGUCGUACGACGGCCCCGGCCCUUGAUUAAUUUCCUUGCAUUCACCUCGAGACCCAGGCUCUCCAGCCCACACCGACACCGUCCCCGGCCGGCCGUCGCGCGCGUCUCCGUCGUCGGUGCCUCGCCGGCCAUCUCCAUCGUCUCGAUCGGCCUCUUCAUUCAGCAAGGCAGCUAGAGAGCUUCUGACGCGUCCCCGCGCGCUCCGCCGUCGUCCCUUCGUUCCUGCAUUGUGCGGCAGAAACCGCGCGCCGGCGGACCAACAAGCAAGUUAAGCCGCAACAACGACAGCGCCCAUCGGAUUUGCCGGAACAAAGACGAUGGUGAACACCAUGGGCGUGGAGCCGGUGCAGCGCGGCGCCGGGCUGCCGCUGGCGGCGCUGAACCACAUCUCCGUGGUGUGCCGGUGCCUCGAGAGCUCCCUCCGCUUCUACCGCGACGUCCUCGGCUUCGUCCCCAUCCGUCGCCCGGGCUCCUUCGACUUCCACGGCGCAUGGCUGUUCAACUACGGCAUAGGCGUCCAUCUCCUGCAAGCCGAGGACCCGGCGAGCAUGCCCCCCAAGAAGACGGAGAUCAAUCCCAAGGACAACCACAUCUCCUUCCAGUGCGAGAGCAUGGAGGCGGUGCAGCGGCGGCUCAAGGAGCUGGGCAUCCGGUACGUGCAGCGGCGCGUGGAGGAGGGCGGCAUCUACGUGGACCAGCUCUUCUUCCACGACCCCGACGGCUUCAUGGUCGAGGUCUGCACCUGCGACAACCUCCCCAUCGUGCCCCUCGUCCCCGAGGGCCACGCCAUCCUCGGCCUGCAGCAGCCUGCUGCAGCGCCAGCCUGCAAGCGGCCACCAGCAGCCGCCCUCAGGCAGCAAGCGCCGGCGCCGCUUCCUGUUCCCGUGGCCGUCCCAACCCCGGUGCCAGCUGAACAGUGCAUUCCGGCGAAGGCCGGCGGCGGAAGCUGCGUCGGCGAGGUCGAGGCGAGCAUCCCCGCUUGCGCGAUGAGAUCUUGCCCGGAGCACGCGUGCGUGUAGCGGCGCGCGUAGGUACGUCUGAUUGAUAGCCGAGAGACCAAGCAGAUCGACCGGAACGCUGCCGGCAUUUUGAAGAUCCAUUGGAGAAUUUCGUUGCCUUCUUGUUUCCUUCAAUUAGUCGUCGACUCCACCAUGUCGACGAAGCUGUACAUGUGUGUUUUUGGGUGUGUCUUGUCCGUUCGUUAAUUAGUUUAUUUUGUUCGAUUCGAUUGUUGGAGUGCCCUGACGCGAACUGUUGUAGCUGCAGCUGCUUAGCUAGUGGGUUAGUCGCCAUCUGGUUGUGCCAAACUGCCAAUUGCUUUGCACUGCUAAGCGCGAACUGGUGAGGAGAUCGAUCCACCGAUCGCUCUACAGAUACGGCACCUACCAACACUUCUGCAAAUGCCAGCCGUGCCAAGUGCCAACAUGAUGUAAUCUCUUUAUAUAUAAGAUAUUUAUCCAUAUAAAAUGAUAGUUGUGCCACUUUUUCUUUGAAA